GCGGGGCCCGCCCGCUCUGCCCCGCCCUGCCGGGGCGAUCCCGGCUCCCCGCAGCUCCGGCACCGGCAGCGGCCUUGCGGGGAGCUGCCGGCGUUGCCCGCCCCGCCGCGAGCGAUGGGAGCCGCCGACUGGUGCCGGAGCUCGGCGGGGGCCGCCCUGGUCCUGGCCACGUCCAGCGAUGCUGAUCACCCCGCCGAGAGCGUGGCGGACGGAAGUUCCAAAACGUUUUGGACGACGACAGGCAUGUUCCCACAGGAAUUGAUAAUUGGUUUUCCCAAAUGUGUAAAAAUCAGCAAAGUCGCCAUCCAGUGUUAUUUGGUGCGGACCUUAAGGAUUGAAAGAAGCACAUCUAAAGACCCUGUGGGUUUUCAAAAAUGCGUUGAAAAAGAUUUGCAGCACAGAGAAGGACAGCUCCAAAUGGAAGAAUUUCCACUUCCCGAGUUUGAAGCCACUUACUUGCGUUUCAUCAUCAAAUCUGCCUUUGAUCAUUUUGUGUCAGUGCACCGGGUGAUGGCAGAGGGCACGGCAGAGCACACUUGAGCCCAGCUUAAAUUUGGGCCUCCAUUUUAUUUUUUUAUAAGGAAGCUACACUUUGAUACCUGCACUACAGAGAAUGUUUAUUAUUAGAACCUUGUAUUAAAAUUAUUUUUGAAGGUCUGGA